AUACACUCGACACUGCUGAAAUUCAAACAGUGUGUUUGUGUGCUUCGUGCGGUGCGGUUCUCGUUUUUUUCCCUCCUCGGAACAAAUCUAUCUAUUUUGCGCUAAUUUUUGUCAACAAUCCAAAAAGAAACUAAAGAAAUCAAAUAACAUUUAUAUAUGUAUGUAUCUUGAACACACAGCAAUCAAAAAUCAAUCGUUGGAAACGAAAACGGAUACUGAAAUUAAAUUAACCAAUUUAAACUAAGCCUACAUAUAACGACGCACGCUCGUUAUAUAAUUGUACAAAUUAAAAGGAGAAUUAAACAAGUUCAAAAAACAACAACAACAAACAACAAAAUGUCUGCAGCCACAGAACAACAGAAUAACGGUGAUGUUGCCGCCGUCGAGAAAGUCGCUGCCGUCAGCGCCGACAGCGAUGUGAAGGAGGAUCUCAAAGCCAAAGCCAAAGCAGCCGCUGCCGACGACAAAUCCGCUGUCGCCGACGCUGCUGGCGAUGCGGCCGCUGCCGAUAACGGUACGGCGAAGGAUGGCGACGACGCUGCCGAUGCCGCCGCCGCCGCGCCUGCCAAGGGAUCUGUGAAAGGCACAAAGAGGCAAGCUGAAGCUAAAUCCGCCGAAUCAAAGAAAGCCAAGAAAGAUAAACCCGCUGAUGACGAUUCCGAUGACGAGGAUGUAUUAGACGAUCUCAUCGAGGGUGACAGUGAUAUCGAAAGUGAAGAAUACGAUGUACCCUACGGCGAGGAGGAUGACAUUGAAUGUGACGAUGAUGAUGAUGACAAUGAUGACGGUUCCGGCUCGGACGAUCAAGCGUAAUAAUAAUGUAGUCAAAACAAAAACAAAAUAAAAAAAAAAAGAAUUGAAAACAA